AUGUCUGCAUCCAGCACAGAACAGUCUUUGCUCGCUCAGUUGACGAAGCAGGGCUUUCAAAUAAAAUCCUCUCGGCAACGAAGCUUAGGUGCUCAUCCGGCUUUUGAACUCUCACUAGCAGGCGGUCAAACCGUCUUCAUGUGGUUGCGGCCCACCUCUUCUGACUCCAAUUGCAGUCAACGAUUCUUUGAGAGUGAGAUCGGUCUCAUCCACUGGCUUUCCACACACUCCGCGGUGCCCGCGCCCCACCUUUUGCGUGUUCUGCCAACUAGCGCCGAAAACCCUCGGAAUGCUUUCGUAACGCGGGGCAUGACUGGUGAACCCAUCCAAGACCUAUACCCGACGCUCUCUUCACUGGCGAAGGAGCAACUCGUGCGGUCAUAUGCGGAUUUCGCACUGAAGUUGUUCGACAUUGAUGUCCCACAAACGAUCGGCUCUAUCUCUGUCAGGAGUUCCCCGGCUGAGCUCGUCGUAAUACCGCGGAUUUGCCGUGCUAAUCACGCCCAUACCUCUGAGGUCUUUCCCACUUUGCAAAAAUACCUCGAAUAUCUUUCCACGUUGAAGAAAAGACGAGCAUUCACUUUAGACACAGCGGACGAAAAUAGGUUCCGAGCGCAAGCAUCCAUAUCGCAAUUAAUCGCGCAUCUGCGGAGGCACCUGAUCCAACUUGAUGAACGGUGUGUUCGUCUCCUAGUACUAGCACACGACGGGCUGGGAGAUAUGAAUCUCAUGGUCGAUUCCUCCGGCAACAUCACUGGUAUCUUAGACUGGUGGAUGCAUUCAACAUUACCUGCUAUACUUGCUGCGGAUUAUCCCCCCUGGCUAAGGUAUGACGGAAUCAACGACCCUCGAUUUGCUUCUCCGAGGAAAUUGUGGCUGGAAACACCGGAAGAAAGCGCAAGACUCCGAAGAAUAUACCAGGAUGCUGUAAAAGAUAACGACCUUUACUACACAGCGCUAAUGCAAGGUGCUCAGUUACGAGCGGCUGUGGGUUGGGUAUUUGACAUUGAAGAUGACCCAAGCUGUGCAAGAAUGAGACAGUGGACCCUGAGUGCUUUUGGUCCCCCAAUUCGAAGCCCUUCAGCACUCGACGAUAGUCGGUGCAUCGUGACAUAG